UCGUUUUACUAUAUCGAGACAAGGAAAAUGUGUAGCCCACGGAACAUGUAAGCUAGUGGAUAUGUAGCUAACCGGUUCUGUGAAAUCACUAGAAGUGAGUUUGAAGCUGAUCCUAAUGCCUGUGGUCUUCCACGCACCCCAGAGACGUAUGACCAAGCUGUUGCGGAUCUCACUGAAGACAUCCAAGACAUCAGAGGAAUAAAGGUGGUGUUGUGCGCCUCACGUUCUCGAUCCUGUUUAACACCUGCUUCACAAGAGAAUGGUAGCCAGCCCCAACAACAUCCCCCUCUAUGACAUCUUGUAAGGACCGGGGAUACUUUGCCACCAAUUUCUUUCCAACAGCAGUUGCAUGUUUUUUGCCGACAUGAGGGCUUUUUGCUAUCAUCUCUCCUACAACAAUCCGGACCAUCUGCCUCCUCAGCUUUGGGCCUGGCCUCUGUCCUCUCCACAAAGGAGUCCAGUCCACUUCAGGGAACUUACCGGGGUUGACCUCAAAGGAAAUUUCUCAAGGAAUUUGGAUUUAAAGGGGCAAAGGCUUCUCAACUUCUUGACCACCGUGUGUGUCCCCAAGAACAAGAAAUUGCUGGAGACUUAUGCAAGAAUCCAGAGGAUUCGAGGACAGGAGAGUGGCUGCUCCGAGGAUGUGAAAGAGAUGCUCCUGCUUCUGCUUACCUACUUUGAUGAGAAGGAAGAGUCCUUGUUCUGCUAUGUGGAUGAUACAUGUCUGGCAGAAGAGGUCCAAUUGGAGCAAGUGCCUCUGACGCCUGCACUUAUUGUCUGUGGACAGUCCUGCUUUUCUGCAGCAAGGUACAUGCUGAGUCUGGAUCGGAACCUCAUCAACUCAAAUAUCUCCUUCAUUUCCGCGUUGUGCCUCAUGUUCGAGAGUUACUUCUGUUUCAAUAUCCAUUUUCCAUCUGAGCUGGCUUCAACGCUGGAGUUUCUUCAAAGAUGCUUUUACUCAAACCCAGAAAAAGGAACCAAAGUGGCGAAAAACUCAGUGUCGCCUGAACAUGAACCCACGAGUCCUCACCCUGAUACAGGACAUCUCGGACCACGAGUGGCGUGAAAAUUAACAAUGGAUUCUUGACUUCUGUGGACAGGUUGGGAAAAGGUCUUUUGUAAAAAGAAAAGCAGAAAUGAGUCAAGUUGAGAAUAUUUUGUUUGAAACUGUUGCUUUUUUUAUUAUUUAAAUUGCAUAUGCUGUGGGCAAGGCGCAGUAUUUUGUUAGUGAUGUGCAGAUUUAAAAUGUGUAGAUGUAAAGAGGCUAAUUGUCUCAUGUAGGCAAAUUAAAGGGCCUGUUACAGUCCUUUGAGACUUUUUUUUUCUUUUUUUUUUUUUUGUACAAAAUGUCUUAUUUGUAAGAUCGAAGGUAAUAUUUUGAUUUGAAUCAAGCCAGUUGUGGGCAUUGCACUUAUCGGCUAAUGGUCCUGAGUAGUCAACUUUGAAGUGCCUGUUAUGUACUUGAACUACUGUCAUUGAAAGGUGUUGAUUUAUGCAACUUCUUAGUGUCUGCCUACAUCUGAGGUAUUAUUUUGAUUAAAAGUAGAGUUGCCUGGCACUUUGAACUUUAAAGGUAAAG